CAGUGGCCAAGGCACUUUAGUCAGUGAGUAGUGUUCCAAAGCGUACACAUUUGCCUUAUUAUUUGAUUAUUUCUUCUUGCUCGUGGUUUUAAAACACAAAACACAAACAAAAUGUGUGACGAUGAGGUUGCUGCUUUGGUCGUUGAUAAUGGCUCCGGCAUGUGCAAGGCCGGUUUCGCCGGUGAUGAUGCGCCCCGUGCCGUCUUCCCCUCAAUUGUAGGUCGCCCACGUCAUCAAGGUGUGAUGGUUGGUAUGGGACAAAAGGACUCAUACGUCGGUGAUGAAGCUCAAUCCAAGAGAGGUAUCUUGACCCUCAAGUACCCCAUUGAGCACGGUAUCAUCACCAACUGGGAUGAUAUGGAAAAGAUCUGGCAUCACACCUUCUACAAUGAAUUGCGUGUCGCCCCAGAGGAGCACCCAGUCUUGUUGACUGAAGCCCCAUUGAACCCAAAGGCUAACCGUGAGAAGAUGACCCAAAUCAUGUUUGAAACCUUCAACUCCCCAGCCAUGUAUGUCGCCAUCCAGGCUGUCCUCUCCCUGUACGCUUCCGGUCGUACCACCGGUAUCGUCUUGGAUUCUGGUGAUGGUGUCUCCCACACCGUACCAAUCUAUGAAGGUUAUGCCUUGCCCCAUGCCAUCCUCCGUUUGGACUUGGCUGGUCGCGAUUUGACCGACUACUUGAUGAAGAUCUUGACUGAACGUGGCUACUCUUUCACCACCACCGCUGAGCGUGAAAUUGUCCGUGACAUCAAGGAGAAAUUGUGCUAUGUUGCUUUGGACUUCGAACAAGAAAUGGCUACCGCCGCUGCCUCCACCUCCCUGGAGAAGUCUUAUGAACUUCCCGAUGGUCAAGUGAUCACCAUUGGUAAUGAACGUUUCCGUUGCCCAGAAUCCCUCUUCCAGCCUUCAUUCUUGGGUAUGGAAUCCAGCGGUAUCCACGAAACCGUCUACAACUCCAUCAUGAAGUGCGAUGUUGAUAUCCGUAAGGACUUGUACGCCAACAUUGUCAUGUCCGGUGGUACCACCAUGUACCCAGGUAUUGCUGAUCGUAUGCAAAAGGAAAUCACCGCCUUGGCUCCAUCCACCAUCAAGAUCAAGAUCAUUGCCCCACCAGAGCGUAAAUACUCCGUAUGGAUCGGUGGUUCCAUCUUGGCUUCCCUCUCCACCUUCCAACAGAUGUGGAUCUCCAAGGAAGAAUACGACGAAUCCGGCCCUGGCAUUGUCCACCGCAAGUGCUUCUAAGCAGUUACUGUUACCAGCUAGUAAUACGCUUUUACGUGUUCGCGCUGACGUGGCUAUUGCAUUGUUCGCCACAUUAUUGUGUCUGAUGAUGCAGUAUCACCAUAUUAGCUAUAACAACAACAACA